CUACAGCUUGCUUCUCAAUGCUCUUCAGGAUACCCCGGGCGGCGGCCUCGAUCAAGCGGCAUGGCUUAAUUCACCUGCAAACUCCCCUUUCGAGGCGCACGGUCAGCUCAUCUAGCAAGGCAGUCACCCGCCCUCCCCUCUUCCGCCUCUCCCAGGCCCUCAUUCCUGGCCUCCUCGCGCGACAUGGCCACACGCCUCAACCACUCGACCUCGAGAUUCAAGAUGCCGGACAAGCUGAAGCCUGGGCCAUCACUGGGCCAGCAGCAGAGGUGGGUGGAGCAGUAAAAGCUCGCAUCGUGGGCGCCCUUCUCGGACUCAGCCGUGUGGAGCAGCGCGACUCUCAAGGUCAAGUCAAUCGCCCUCCUCUCUCCCACCCAUUUCUUCAUGGGACCACAAAAUCGCCGUCGCAGGCAAUACAGCUCGUUUCCUUCUCCUCUCGCCUCUCUUCAGUCAGUGCAGGGGGGUCCAACAAUUUCAUCGACUUCACCACACGCUACGGCGCUAUUCGGGAGGAGGACAGGAUAACACUCCGUGAGAAUCUACUGCAGGGAAUGGGCACGUACACUGGCUUGGUGGCUAGGAUGGCACUCUAUCAUGAUCCUUUGCUGGACCCAUUAGAGGAGAAAAGGCAGGAUAAAAAAAGCGGCAUAACGAGAUUGCCUUGGUCUAGUAGCGGAGACGAGCAGGCGACUCGACAAAGAGCAAAGGAGAACGUGGCCCGCCUUGAGGCGCUAGCCCCUCUGCUCAACUUGACGCACGGUGACCCACCCCUGCUCGAGCGACCACUCAUUGCCCUCUCAAAUGGCCAGACAAGGAGGGCACGCAUUCUCGCCGCGCUUUGUCAGGGGAGCGAUGUCCUGGUCCUCGAGGAGCCAUUUACCGGGCUCGAUCCUCCAACGCGUGCCAGCCUCUCCAAGCUGCUGGCCUCACUACACGCAGAGAGGAGGCCAAGGACUGUCUGUGUACUCAGAGAGCAGGAUGAAAUCCCAGGCUUCAUCACCCACGUGCUGGCUAUCGGGGACGAGGGGGAGGUGCUCUUCAAUGGGGCGCGACCGGAGGGGGUCGGAAGGGCAGUCGAGCUUGCAAGACAGCGAGCCAGUGACAAAGGAGAAUCCAGGGAGGAGGAUUUCAAGGGCGGCUAUCCUGUUCUCAAAAAGCAGGCUGCGCAAGGUGUAGGCAGAGGAGAUGAGAGCGCCGAGCCUGUCGUCGAGUUGAACAACGUCAGCAUCGCGUACAAGGGGAAGAAGGUGCUAGAUUCAAUCUCCCUGAAACUCCCUCCUGGAUCCCGCACGGUUCUCGUAGGGGACAAUGGCAGUGGCAAGACGACUCUCCUGUCCCUUCUUCUCGGCUCUCACCCGCAAUCAUUCGCCCUGCCCGCCUCCUCCCUCAAAUUACUAGGUUCUGCACGCGCUGCACCUCCUAAUGCCGCACCUCUCCUGCUGAGGAAGGUAGGACAGCUGAGCCCAGAGCUGGCAAACGCAUUUCCCCGCAGGGGCCUAGAAAGAGGUGGGCUGACGGUAAGGGAAGCGAUUGCUACUGGAUUUGAGGGGAUCUUCACAAGACGGCCGGCUUCAGGCCGGACAGUGGAGCAGGAAAGGAGAUUAGAGGAGCUGAUUGAAGCAUUUGCUCCUGUCAUCGGGUUGCGAGGCGUCGCCGGGGCGGCCUCAACGGCAGUGACGACUACGGAGGCACUCCUCGAAGCUCCGUUCGCCUCCCUCACCCCUGGCUCCCAGGGAGUAGUGCUUUUCCUGCGAAGCAUCGUGCAUCGUCCCUCCCUCCUGGUGCUGGACGAGCCCUUUCAAGGAAUGUCCUCACGUCAGGUAGCACUGGUGCGGGACUUCCUGGAUGAGAGGGGUCGAUUUGCGAGCGAAGGGCAGACCGAAGAGGAAAGGGAGUGGAGGACAAGAAUGGCCAUGGUCGUCGUCAGCCAUUUUGAGGACGAGUGGCCGAGGGAAGCAGGGAGAUUGUUGAGGCUAGUCGAGGGUAGGGUCAGCGAGAUGAUAUGAUUGAGCAUAAUGAAGGAAAUCAAGCACGUACAAGACAGCCUGC